AUGUCUGGAACUGUAUCCAUCAUUACAGCAGAUGGGAGGAACAUAGUGGGAACCUUGAAGGGAUUUGAUCAAACCAUCAACCUGAUUCUCGAUGAUAGCCAUGAAAGAGUAUAUAGUUCAUCUCAGGGGGUUGAACAGGUUGUCCUUGGGCUUUACAUCAUUCGUGGUGAUAAUGUGGCAGUGAUUGGUGAAUUAGAUGAAGAGUUGGAUUCCAGGUUGGACCUUCAUAACAUCAGAGCUGAACCUCUAAAUCCUAUCAUCAAUUAUUGAGGGUUUCUCAUGUUUAAUACACAUGAAUGUGUGGCUAUGUGUCCAAUGUGAGUACAAUGCCUUUCCAU